GGCGCUUUCGAAAUUAAUCCAACCGAGGGACGUAUCGAUUCUUUCGAGGGGAUAAUUUUUGAAAUUGGCUAUUGACAACAUAAAGGAAACUUCUAUUGAUGAAGCCGUUGAAAAAGUUGACAUACGUCAGUUUUAUAUUCACAUGUUAAUUUAUUCAAAUUUUUUUUUACUAUUUAUAAUAAAAUAUCUAAUUUUAGAAGAAACAUUUUUGGACCCCUCAAUGUCUUUAACAUCUCGUAGUAGUUCGAUUGUUCAACCAGUCGAUAAUGUUGUUAGACUUUGUCUUUAUGGCGAGAUGGAAAUAAUUAAACUCAAUCUACAGCCCGACAUUUUAUACUUCGGUGAUCUAAAUGUUGGAGAAAUUUCUCAACGUGUCAUUUGUAUUUCAAAUUUAUCAAAGAUUGAAUCAGUCUCGUUUCAAUGUCAACCAAGGCCAGCUGUUCAAUUUAUUCCAAAAUCUGCGAAAUUGAAACCUGAAGGAUCUAUUGAAGUGAUCGUUAAAGUUCAAGCUAGAGAAAAUGUUGGAUCUUCGUUUGUGCUUUUAAUCAAUGUUAUUAUGGAUUCUGAAGAUUCAGUUUUAUCGAAAUACCCAACGAAAGUGAAAAUCGGUACUUAUCGCGUGACAUGCAUGCUAAAUGUUCUUCUCAAGAUUAGAAAACCGAUGACUCAGUUCGUUACAGGGAUAACUCCAUUGAUAACUCAUGAAGUUGGUUUUAUGACGGAAUGUGCUACUUUCGGUUCGAAUAUAAAGAAACCACAACAGGCAAUGUUAUUAGUUGAAAAAGAUCCGAAAAGACCGUGGGCAAAUAAAAAAUUAAUUAAUGCAAAUAUUAUUCUUGAUAGUGUACCUGCUUAUCCAAAUGACACACAAAAAUCUUUGAGACCUUAUAGAGGAUUACCGGUAAAAACUAUUUUUACUGGUAAACUGCGUUACUCGGGUGGUCCUAUUCAUCCUGAAGCUUUAUCUGUUAAACAAGCGAAUACCGUAAAUAAGCACCGUUUGUAUUGGGCUGCUUAUCUUCAUAUGUCACGAUUAUCACGUAAAAAUAUAAUGAAAACAUCGGUGGUGAAAUUUUCUCAUAAUGCAGAUAACGAUGCUGAAAUCAUUUCUCGACUUACGCGAAUUCCUAAACGAUUUAAAGAAUUACCACAGAUAUUUCCUUGCGAGAAGUUCUUUGAUAAGAAACCUUCGAUUUCUGAAAUCAACGCUGAAGUGUUGAUUCCGUUAUCGCCGUUACAAAUAUAUAAUGUUUAUGUUUAUCCUACAACAAUCGAUUUUGGAAUGGUGGCAUGGAAAACAUUUAGCUAUCAACAAUUAAUUGCUUGUAACAAAAAUGAAUUUUCGAUAAAAAUUCAAUUUAUAAGUCGUUUAAAAAAUAUUCGAUUUCCUGAAGGGGAUACAAUAAUUUUACAACCUGAAAAGACUAUGACAAAGCUCGUUGAGUUUUAUAGCGAUCGAAUGGGAAAAUUUAAUAAUUUGAUAAAUUACAAUAUCAAUGACAAUCACCUUUUCGAACUGAACGUAAUCGCAGAAAUUGUACAUAAGGAUUUAUCCAUCAAUAAGCGAGAAAUUAUAAUCGGGAAAGAUUAUUUGGAAAAUGAAUCAUAUAGACCACAGUGGUCCAUUAUACAAAUUAGAAACAAAUUGGAUGCUCCAACAUGCUUCAAAUGGAACAUACGUAACUCUUCUAGUUUCUAUAUAGAGCCAAAAUAUGGUAUUAUACGAGGUAACAGUAUUUUAAAUACAUAUGUGUCGUACAAUACUGAUUUUUCAAAAUCACCUUUUGCUGAGAUGGUUAUAAAAUGCGAAAGCGGGACUUUUUCGACAUUACAGUGCAAUGUCGCAUUAUCCGUAAAGCCAAAAGUUGUAUUCGUCAAUAAUCGUACAAAUUUAGGGGAUAUAUCUCUUAAUUUACCAUCCAGAGCGUACGGAAUUUUAUUUAAUUCUGAAUUCACAGAGGUUUUUUAUGAGAUUGAUUCAGCAUCUUUAAUACGUGGAUGCGAAAUUGAUCCACCGAAUGGAAUAAUACCACCACGAGGGAUUGCUAUUCUCGAGGCAUCUUUCAAGUUCGAUGUAUGUAUCGAUUUUACUGUUAUAAUAUGCAUUAUCGUUCAAAAGCAUAUAAAAUUACAGUGGAAUGUUACAGGAAGCGUGCCAUUUCCACAAUUAAAAUUUACACCAUAUUCCAUAGAACAGCAUCGUGUAAUCGUAGAUACAUUUCAGAGUCAUCUGAUAACGGUCAAUAAUAUCGGAACAACUAGGUCAAAAUUGCAAUUUCUUUUAGAAGAGUAUCCUGAAUUUAGCAUUGUAAUAAUACCAAACAAAAAGACUAAUAUCGUAGUAGAAGAGGAGACGAGUGUAAUAAUUCCAGCAGGAUCAAGUAUGAGUUUUUAUCUACAUUUUCAACCGCUGGAUCCGGCAAGUUAUGUUUUUUAUCUUCCAAUUGUUAUCAAUGAUUUACUUGGACCAGUAUUGGAAACAGAUUCGAAAACAUUAAAAUCACAGGAAUAUCUAUUGUCACAAAAAGAAUUUUAUAAAAAUAUAAAAGGAAUUACGUUUCUUAAAUUACCCUUGAAUCUACCUAUUAUUUCUAUUAAUUUCACGGUUGCUGGACGUGCUGUACUGUUCAAUAAGUUCAAAUUUAAUUUUAAUGUCGCCAGCGACAAUGUAAUAGAUGAGCUUAGAAUCGACAAUCCUGAUACGUUGAAAGAAGUUAUAAUAACUAUAAAAACAGAUAAUUUCAUAGAGGAAGACUGUCCGUUUUAUAUCCAUUGGUCUUAUGGUACCGUACCAAUGAUAACGUCCACGUCAAUUGUAUGUACGUUACUUCCAAGAGAAAAAACUGUUUUUUCUAUCGGAUUCAAGCCAAAUUGUCGUGGAGCUUUUAAGCUCGAAGCCUUAGUUUUUAUACGAAGGAAUACAGAAGAUAUAUUAUUUAAUACAAUUCAUUUUGAUGGUAUUAAUGCAGAAGAAUCAAUGAAAGCCGACGUCUCUGAAAUAUACCUUUUACCUGUACCUUUUAAUACUUGUAUAGAGGAAAGAUUUAAACUAAAAGCUCAAUACUUUGAGCAUACUUCGAACAUUUCAUGGAAUAUAUUACCACCUGAUAGAUGUAGUGGCUAUUUUAAAAAUGAUAUGUUAACUAUUCGCUUUCCAAAUAAUAAUAUUAUUCCUACUACAUCGUACACCGAAUUAGAUGUUAUUGUCUCGUUUAAAAGCAAUUCAACAGUAUCAUUUUGCACAAAGAUUGAAUUUCACGCUGAACGAAGCCUUGUUGUAUGCUUCGUAACAGUUUAUGCGGCAGCAGAUAAUAACUUGCUGACAACUCACGUUUAUCUUACAACUACGUUCGAUUAUAAUGACAAAAUAAUUUACGAAAAAGAAAUAGCAAUGCCUGUUACGAAUUCAGUUAUUGAAUAUAAAACAGAAGAAGAUGAUUACAAUAAUAAACAGAAUUCUUUAUACUUUCCAAGACAAGAAAAAAAUUCUACUGUAAAAUCACAAACCAGAAUUUCGUAUCAAGAAUCAUCCAAUGUUGAAAAAAAAUUAUUGACUUCGAAAUUUACAUCGAAAUUUAAUACGGAAAAAAUUGAGGAAGAUGAAAUUGAUGAUAACGAAUAUAUCCAGGAAGAAAAGGUAUUUUUAAAGCAAACUCAAAGUCUGGAAGAUUUGUCUACUUCUUCUAUCGAAAUAUCUGUUGAGGAUAAUAACGUUUCUAGCAAAAUUAUGUAUCCUUAUUUUCCAGAGAAUAAUGGAAUUGUGAAUGAUUAUGAACAACAUAUGCAUGCUAUUUUCUCGAUUGUCAAUCAAGAAGAAACGAAAAGUAGUAAUAAUAAAAAAAAGAAUCGAUCAUUUGGUAAAUCUUUCGUCGAUGUAUUAGAAUUAUUAAUAGGAUCAAAAGUUUAUAAUUAUGUUGAGAAAUUAUAUAGUCAAAAAGAAUAUCAUUUCAAUGUUAUUAGGUCAUCAUUGCCUCUGGAUGAUAUUUUACGAAUUGAUGUUAUCCUUCGACAAUAUGAAAGAAUACUCGAUUUUUUACUCGAACAAGGAGCAUGUUUGGCUCAUGUAUCAGCAUACUUUCUUUUGAAUUACAAUGAUUAUAUUACUUUCAUUGAUUCCAUACAAUUUUCUGUAAGUUCAAAGAAAAUAGAAUCUUAUCAAUUUACAAAAUUAUCUAAGUCAUUAUUCGAAUCAAGAAGCAAACAAUGUUGGCUGGAUUUAAUUUUGCAAACAUAUAAAUGUUUUAAAUUAAGUCGUAUAAAUGAGAAUGAAUUAAGAACAAAAUUAACAGUAUGCUCAGAAGAAUUUUCAAAGCAAUUUACAAAUUAUCGAGAGUUCGUGUCAACGACUGAAAGUAUUCAAAGAAUGAUAGAUUUUCAUGAUAAAUCCGUCGAAAAUGUUAUCAAUCUUAUGCACGAACGUAUAAAAGAAAGUAGUGAUCGUUCGAACGAAGAAGUAUUAUUGUUAUCUUGGUUGUAUCAUCAUUAUGAAGAGCAAAGAACUCAAGAUUGGUUAACCAAUAAAAAAAUAACAUUAACUUCAUCAAAGCAAAAUAAUAUAGCACAUGAAAAGAAUAUCAAUAAUUUCGAUUUCAUUUUGUCAGACGGUCUCAUAUUAAUCGCAGUUACUGGUGCUUAUUGUCCUUUUCUAAUUGACGAGUAUUUUUCAAAUUUAUAUAUUAAUCCCAAAAGUAUCGAAGAGGCAUUACACAAUGCAAUUUGUUUGGUAACCAGCUGGACAAAAAUUAGACUUGGUUUUAUGAUAACACCUUCACAAAUCGUUCAUCCUAACAGUGUGCAAAUGUUGAUGCUAGUUGUCCAUUUGUUUGAAACUUUACCUUCCUACUUACCGAGAUUAAAGAUAAGAUUUAAUUGUCCUUUAACGAAAACUGUCAUUAAACAAGUAACUUUUACAAAUGUAACGGAUAAUCCAGUCGAAUAUUUGUUAGUUUUUAUUGGCAACGACAAUGGUUUUUUCUCGUUAGUACAAACUCAAUCGCACAUUCGUAUUAAUGCUCACGACGGCGUACAAGUGAAAAUAUGCUUUCAUGCAAAAAAGAUAAGAAAAACAAAAGCGUAUUUACUUCUAUGCGGUGCUGCAUAUGGCCCACAAUUUGGUAUUAAUCAAACUUAUAUAUUGGAAGGUAACAUUAACAACUUAGAAGUAUCGCAAAAACACAUCAUACGCAGUAAACUUUAUCAAAUCUUGAAUACCAUUUUAAUCAUUAAAAUACCAUAUAAAAAUGCAGCAGAUUACGAAAUAUGGAUGACGGAAGAGCAACCGAAUAAUACAUGUAAUAUAUACAUCAUGUCAAAAUAUCCGUCUGAAACUAAAUACAAGUAUUUUUAUCUAGCAAAUUUAAAAAUGACAAAAUGGUCAGAAUUACGAACAAGAAAAGUACUUAGAAGAUUAUUUUUGAACCAAAAGAUUAUCACAGUUGAUGAAGAUGUAACGGAGGUUAAUUUAGGAAUCACCGUUGCAUGUGUAACACCUACUACUAGAAAAUGUUGGCUCAUUUGUCUAUCUGAAACGGGCGAUUUCAUUAUUCAAAUAAUUUCACGUUGUCAACCAACUGUAAUCGAUCAUAUUGUGGUACAGUAUAAUAAAGAAUACAAAGAGUGUAUUUGCACUGAUGACCGAGGAUCGAAUGCGGAUUGUCCAUGUAACAUUACAGUUCUUAUACCAUCUCGGAAUAAUAAACUUUGGGACUGUAUAGCCCAUAUGUUCCAGAAAACAUUAAAUGUCAAAGAACGGGCGUUCUGGUCUCGAUAUUUAGACACAUAUAUUGGAUUAAGACUAAUACACUGGUUCAUGGGUCAUAACACUGAGACCGCGAAUUUAGAAUUCACGCAUAUAUUUAAAGCAAAAGUUAUGUACUCUGUUUCUGCAUCAAAAGAAAGUGAUCUUCUCACAGUACCAGAGACUUUAUUUAUCAUAAAUGGUAAGUAUAUUUGCUUAAUUGUAAGUGUCACCCUUCUUGCUGUUUACGUGAGAUUAGCAAAUCAGUACGUUCCAAUGAUUGUUCAUCUUUUACCGACUGAUUUACGAGUAUAUGAGACAACGUUAUCUUUGACUUCUGAAGAUGGUAAAGAAUUACGGCUUUAUGAAGUCAGUUUUUUGCAUGUCGAUGAGUGA